AAUAUUUUUGGCAAGUGUAAAUAAAUGGUGAAAAAGGAUUUUUUUUUGUCAACGAUAGCAGUUUUAUAAACAAAACUAGCAAAGAUGAAUGAGAAACGAUCGAAUCCUUUGGAUAUUGAUGGCCAACACUUCAAUUCCAACAUAUACUUGGAGAAGCUGUUCAAGGAGAACUCCUUGAAGCAGAUAAUGGAUCACGAGGGUGAUAUUGUUAAGGACACUCAGACACUGCACUCUGACAUGCAAACUCUGGUAUAUGAGAACUACAACAAGUUUAUUUCUGCAACUGACACUAUCAAGAAGAUGAAAACAGACUUCAAGAAAAUGGAAACUGAGAUGGAUUUAUUAGCAUCUAAUAUGGAAUCGAUCACAUCCUUUUCCGAUCAGAUUUCAUCAACCCUAUGUGACACCAGACAUCAGAUCAGCAAAUUAUCUGGUGUGCAUUCACUAUUGAAGAGGUUGCAGUUUCUGUUCAAGUUACCUGCCACAUUGAAAGCGCGCAUGGAGGAAAACAAUUACAAGCAGGCUGUGUCAGAUUACAUGCAUGCACAGAGAGUGUUGCAGCAGUAUGGAAACAUGCCUUCAUUUCAGGGAAUUCAAUCCGAUUGCGACGUUAUCUUGAAAGAGCUGAAAACGGAAUUACGGAAACAAUUUUCCAAUUCAGAAGCCAGUGCUAAAGACCUGGCGGAAUCCGUUGAUUUGCUCUUACAGUUGGAGGAGCCAGCUAAAGAAUUGUGCACGGAAUUUUUGAAUUGCGCUGAUAAGAGAUUGAGUGAUCAAUUGGUUCUGUUGAGGGAUCAAAGCGAGCAGCGAGAUAUCACAGAAUUCGUUGAUCUUGGCUGCAACGGAUUUUUAAGCGAUCUAUGCUUGGUCGUCGCUUCUUUUCACGACAUGUUUAUCAAUAGAGUACAUGGAGAUAGUAUUGAGAAUAGCGAGAUAUUCGAAAAUUUCUCGGCCACUGAGAUGAACACGUUCAUAGUGCAAAAGAUGAAUAAAUAUUUCGAGUUGAUGCGAAAUAAAGUGGACUUGGAACAGGAUGUUGGAGAUACGAGCGUGCUGGUUCGAGCUCUGGACAGGUUCUACAGGCGUGUUCAAGCCAUGAAUACCAUGUGCAGCAAUGCUGACUUUUCAAGUAUUGGUUCGGAUAUUGUUGUGAAUGCUGGGAAGAAGCAAGCCAAAGCGCAUUUGCAAGCGCUUAAACAGUAUUUCGCCGAAGGCAUAACGAAGGUACGACAGAAGUUGUCGCAGAAGAUUAUACCGCAAGAGGAGAGCACGAAAAAUCUGAACGAAUUGUUGAAUUCGCUUAUAAUGACGACGGUGGAGAAAGUGAAGGGCGUUUUGCAGGAUUUGGUGGCGUUUAUCCAACCGGACAUCAACUUUGGUCAAAAGUCCGUGUUUCGAGACAGUUUUUGUAUUGAUAACGUUCGAGAAGGUUUGAUUGUUUGCUUCAUCCAUCACAUAACAGCAACUGCGAGGAACUUCUGUACCAACAACGUUUCUGAUCCUAAAAUUCCUCCGACGUUGCUCCUAGUCUUAUCAAAAUAUUGCUUGUACUUCCAAAACAACAGCGUUCAUUACCUUCUAUCUCAAACGGACGAAUUGUUUAAUAUUAACCCGAAAUCGUCGAGUGCGUUAACUACCGAAGCAGAGUUAUGCACGUCAAUGGAGGAAUCCGCACAAGAGUUGUUGAACUAUUUCGUUCGCAUCCAAGGAUUGAAUAUCUCUCAAAUGUUGAGGAAAAGCGUGGAGACCAGAGAUUGGUUGCACACAAUAGAACCGAGGACAGUGAGGGCUGUAAUGAAAAGAGUGGUAGAAGAUAUAGCUGCAAUUGAUGGAACCGUAGCCUUAUUGUAUGAGGAUCAAGGAACAACCACAGAACACAGCAGCGAUUCCAGUAGAAAAACGCAUAGUAUUUCAGUUUCGAGGCAUCAGUACCGUUCGAAUUGGUCUACAUACACGCCAAAUCACAUGGACUCGACUUUAGUCUCGAACAUGCACAAAUUGUUCAGUGAACGUAUCGAAAUUUUCUCAACGGUUGAACCAAACAAAAUAUCUAUUCUGACGGGAAUUAUUAAAAUUAGUUUAAAGACUUUUAUGGAAUGCGUAAGGCUGAAGACGUUCAGCAAAUACGGUUUGCAGCAAAUCCAAGUCGACACGCAUUAUUUGCAAUUGUAUCUGUGGCGAUUCGUGGCCGAUGAAAACCUGGUGCAUUUCUUGUUGGAUGAAAUAUUGGGAUCGACUGUGCACAGAUGCUUGGAGCCUGUGCUUAUGGAGCCGAGCGUCGUCGAUAUUAUUUGUGAACGUGGUUAAUUAAUUUAAAUGAAAUACUUAAACAGAAUGAUACGAAUAAUCAACAAUACUUCUUCUAAUCUGCAAGACGUUAUUGCAGAUUGUCGAGGUUAAAAGUGUUUAUGUGAUAUACGUCGCUAGAAUUCCAUUUGUUUCCAAGUCUAUUGAAUCAUAA